UGAAUUCUUGGAGCUAGUUUUAAAUAAAAACAUGGCGGAAAUCUUGAAAUGAUCAAAAAGUUCAAUUGACGUAAAAUUGAAAUUAUUACCCCAUUGAUGCCCACCCGUUCCAUUGCGACUGCUUGAUAUUAGUGUAUCAUACAUACAAUACAAUGAUGAAUACCAAAGUUCCCCACACACUAGGUCUAUCAUACCUAGAAACAGUUUAUGGUGAUUUAGAUCAAAUUUUAUCAGAAUAUGAAGAUGAUUUUAUUUGGCUUGAUGAAAUAUUGGAAGCUUGUAAAAAAGCCUUUGUUACGCCAGAAGUGGAGUUACUUCCAAAGACUCCAUCAUUUAAGAAAACUAGAAGUAGAAUAAUACGUAAACCUCAGUCUGCUGAAGUUAUUAAUGAAGACAGAGAGAGUGAUGCAGAUGAUGAAGAACAAACACCACCGAGUCGUAAACAAAGAGUUCGACAAAAAUCAACCAAAACAUCAAAUUCCAACAAUUCACGACCCUCACGUACCACACGAUCUCGAAAACAAACCAAUGACAUAUCAAUGGAGAGCCCUAGAGAAAACAAAACUCCUAAAGCUUCAUCUAAGAUAGCUAUGAAACUAAGUGAAUGUUCUCAAUUAGAAUUAUCAGACACUGAUAUGACCCCAGUUCCUGCCAAAUCAAACACAAGUGUGAAGAGGACUCCUGUCAAAUCUAUUGGUGCUUCACCAGUUGUCAAAGGCUCAGUGAGAGAAAGGGCGUCGGCUUACGAAAAUAUGAUAAAAAGAACGAGUGCAAGUCCACCAAAACGUACGCCAAAUCAAUCCUUUAUCACACCUGAUAAACAUUUUACACCAGAACGCUAUAACACCCCAGAUACAGUAAAACAUGUUAAAACAACAUCUGUUAUAUCACAGUUAUCUGCUGACAAAAGACAAAGUAAAUCAAACCGUAGCUCCUCCUCUCAUAGAAGGUCUUCACGUAAAUCACUCAAAGUUUUAUCAACUAAGUUAAAACGACUGUCAUCACAAGGUUAUUCAGCUAAUAAACUCUCCAUACCAAAUCAUGUAGUAGCAGAUUCUUGUUCUUCUGAAGAGGUAGAGGAGCCUAAAGAAGACAAAAAGAAACCUAGAACAAGAUUGCGAUUAAAAAAGAACACUUCAGAGACAAGACAAGAAGACAGUGAAACAACAGAAAAUGAAGAAAGUGAAAGCAGAUUGGCAUAUCAAUCACCAGUUAGAACUCCUGUACCUAAACCUCGUACAACAAUAACACCGAAAUCAACACCUGUUAAACAACCUAAUCUGAAUGCAACUACCACUAUAGUAGAGGAUAGUGAUGAGGGCCAGACUGUUACACCUGUUAAAAAACUUCGUAUUAGUUCCAAGAAAUCAGUAGAGAAAGAACAGCUGGUGUCAGAAACAGACGAAGUAAUGGAGGUUGGAGAGUCUUCAGAUGAAAAAUCUAACAAUAAAAGGUCUGUUACCAAUGAAGAUAGAGAUUCUGGUAUAUCAGGAAUACUAAGUGCUCAAUCGAGUGCGGUUAGUUUAAAGAAUUUGGAAGUUGAAGGUAGUUCAGGUCGAGCCAGUCGGUCAGGAGUCAAGAAGAACAUUGUGUCCUCACCUAUAUUAGAAUCAAGUGAUGGAGAUAAUUCUGUAUUUGUAGAAAAUACUAUGAAUGAAUCUAAAAGGAAAAGAUCUGAAGAUAGUGAAGAAGUUACAACUGUUUCCAGACCAAAACGUUCCUGUGUUGGUAGCCUCAAUAAUGUGUCUGAAAUGGAUGAAGAAGAGCAGGAAACAGUUGAACAUUCUGAUUCUGAUGAUUAUGAGAGUAUGGAAGAUAGUGAUGAUGAUAAAACUCCACCAGUUUGUCCACGAGCUAAGAUAGUUAAACCUGUAAUAAAGAAAGCUGUCACGACACCUAAUAGACCAUCUAAUCUAGUAGGAGGAUUCGUUCAUUCCUUUAUAAAACGUAAUACCCCUGUUAAACCUGCUACCCAGUCAAUAGAUCAGAAACAGAAAGAUAUAUUAGAUAAAGAAAGAAAGAAUGAAUUAAGAUUACAGAAAAAGAGAGAAAUGAUGAAUGAACAACUGAAAGAAAGGAAAAGGUUACGUGAAGAAAGAAUGGAGAAAGUAAGAAGAUUAAGAGAAGAACAAGAGAAACGUGAUUUAGAAAGUAAAAAACAGAAUUUAUUAAAGCUAGAUGAACGUGUUAAUAAUAAAGAUAAAAUAGAAGAGAAAGUAAGGGAGGAAAGAAUAUUGAAAGAGAAACACAGACAACAGAAACAGAAGAAUUUAGAUGAGAAAAGGUUAAAAGAAGAAGAGGAAUAUAUUAAUCGUAUAAAACAAGAACAGGAAGACAAAGAUAAAAGAAUACGAGAUAUGUUUCAAAAGAAAAAAGAACAAGCUGAACAUUCCAGAUUAAAACGUCUAGCUGAACAGAAGGAAGAGGAGAGAUUAGCUAAAGAAAGAAAAGAAAGAGAAUUGAAAGAGAGAGAACACCAAGAGAAAAUAGAUAGAGAAGCUAGAAUUCAGAAAGAAAUGGCUAAACUACAAGAAUUAGAGAAAGCUAGAUUAGCCAAGAUAGCAGAAAUGAAAGAACAACAGAAAGCAGAACAAAAAGCUAAAAUUGCUGCUGCCAAUGCUGCCAGUGCUGCAGCUGCAGCUCAGAAAGCUAAAAUGAAUACAACAAUGGAUAAAUCUGAAAAUAAUCCAAGAUCGUACAUGAUAACACCAGAUAAAAAAAUAAAAGAUAACAGUAGUAAUCAGGAUUAUAAUAUACAAGAUCUACACUCUGAUGAUUCCACUGAUGAUGAGGAUGCUCCUAGAAAGAAAAUUCCAAUUUGGGCUCAAGGUAAUAAUUUGAAGGCAGCUUUAAUCAACCAAGAAUAUCAUCCACCUAAAUUAGAUGAGAUAUUUUCUGUGGUACCAGACCUAGAUCUAAAUGAUGUAUUUGUUAAGAGAAAACCCAGAUUUAAUAAAAGAACAAGUUCAGCUGUUUGGGAUUCUCCAAUGUUAAAACCAUGUCAAGCAGCUCAAUUUCAUGUUUAAAUAUUUUAUGAUAUAAGAAAUCAUAUUCAUAUUUCAUACAGGACCAAGUCAUCACUUACAUUAUUUUUUAAUGGAAGAGAUAUAAGAUCUGUUCAUGUGAUAUUGGUGGAGCAUAUAGUAUCUAUGAGUGUACCUGAUUAACAUAAAAUGACUAGGAAAAACAGUCUAUAAGGGGCAAAAUAAAUUUUAACUAUCAGAUUUAGAAGUUUAAAUUACUGUUAUAAAUUACAUAAUUAUCAUUUCUCAUUUGUAAACAACAAUUAAUUAUUUCAAUAUACAGUAAUUUUAGAAAGUGUAUAUAUAAAAACAUCUUAUAGUAAAUUGUAUCAAUUGUUUUAUAGAUUGGUAUUUAGAUCUUAUUCUGUCAUUGUAAUAUAACUAAUAAAUUAUAUACUAAUAUCUCAUCUUAUGAUGCAAAGUCAAAGAAAACUUAAAUAUUUGCCUGUUUCAAAAUAGCAAUAGGAAAUUGAAGUUCAUCAAACUUGAUGGGGUUCAUAAAAUUCUUUUACCUUAAGC